AUGGCGGGAGCGACUCAAUGGGGGGUCAGACAGUGGACUGAGUUUGAAAAUCACAUGACUUCAGUCGAGCGUAUCGUUGAAUAUCAGAGACUACCACAGGAGGCGCUGUUAGACUCGGAUGAAAGACAUCGACCCCCACCUGACUGGCCAUCUAUGGGUGAGAUAGAGCUGAGGAAUAUGUCUCUGGUAUACGAGGGCUCAACCAAACCGGUGCUGAAGAACCUGUGCUGUCGUGUGAAGAGUGGCGAGAAGAUAGGUAUAGUCGGACGUACCGGUGCCGGCAAGUCGUCCAUCAUAUCAGCCCUGUUCCGGAUGGUGGAGCUCAGGGGUGAGGUAGUGGUGGACGGCGUGGACACCAAAUCGAUAGCUUUGCAUGACUUGAGGCGCAACAUCUCAAUCAUACCUCAGGAUCCGGUGGUCUUCAAGGGUCAGGUGCGCAGAAAUUUGGACCCUUUUGGGGAAUACACGGAUCACUCGAUAUGGAGUGCCUUAGAGGAGGUGCAGCUCCGACACGCCGUUCAGGACCUGCCCGGACAGCUGGACGGCCUACUGAGCGAAGGGGGCGGUAAUCUGAGUGUAGGUCAGCGCCAAUUGGUGUGUUUG